AUGGCAGACAGCGUGAUAGAGGAGCCUGACUUCUACCCUGAGAAAGACACUUUACAAUGGGGAUAUCAAGAAGGUGUGGAGUGGGGGCUGCUGUUUCCUGAGGCCAAUGGGCAGAACCAGUCCCCGAUAAACCUGAUCUCCAGGGAGGCCCUCUAUGACCCCAAUCUCCUCCAGGUGCGGCUCACGCACAACUACCUGGUCUGCAGGGACUGUGAGGUCAUCAACGAUGGCCACACAGUCAGGGUAAUGCUCAAGUCAAAGUCAGUGGUGACUGGUGGCCCCCUGCCCAGUGACCACGAGUACGAGCUGCACGAAGUGCGCUUUCACUGGGGCAAAGAGAACCAACGAGGCUCCGAGCACACUGUCAACUUCAAGGCCUUCCCCAUGGAGCUGCACCUCAUCCACUGGAACAGCACCCUGUAUAGCAGCAUUGAGGAUGCUCUGGGGAAGAGGAAUGGCAUACUCAUCGUGGCAUUAUUUGUGCAGAUAGGAAAGGAACACCUAGGUCUGAAGGCUGUGACAGAGGUGCUACAGGACUUACAGUACAAGGGGAAGACAAAGAUUGUACCAUGCUUUAACCCCAACACUCUGCUACCGGACCCUCUCCUGCGGGAUUACUGGGUGUAUGAGGGGUCACUCACCACCCCUCCCUGCAGUGAGAAGGUCUCCUGGAUCUUGUACCGAUAUCCGCUAACCGUCUCACAGAUACAGAUUGAGGAAUUCCGAAGGCUGAGGUCACAUGUCAAAGCAGCGGAGCCUACUGAUGGCAGUGAUGGAAUUCUGGGAGACAACUUCCGCCCAACGCAGCCACUGAGUGAUAGGCAGGUCAGAGCUGCCUUUCAGUAG